CAGAAAAAAGAUCCUUAGAAUACAUGGGUUAUGUAUAUAAUAAAUAUAAAAUAUCUAUGUAGAGUAUUUAUUUCUAGGCUUAUUUGACAAUUGGUUAGUUGAGUUAUUACAAGAAACAUGUUUAUAUAAAUGGUAGUGGUCUCAAUCAUAGUUACCAAGAAACUGAGUUGGGGAUGGAAAAGGCUUUUUUAGAGCCACAUUUUUGAGGUAUGAUCUCAAAAAGUAUGGCCCUUUUGGAAUUGCGUGUUUUGACUUCUUUGACUAGGAUCAAACCUGGAAAAAACUCCUCUUUUGGGAGGUGGGAGGCAGUUUUGUCAAACUAUGUAAAAUCAAAUUUUAGGAUUGAUUUAUGCAAAAUCUAGCAAGUUAGGGUCAAAUUCCAUGAGCAAUGGGUCUCAAAACCAAGCCACAAGAAAUAACAAAGUAAGGCUAAAAUAAAAUCCCAAGAUCUGAAGAUUCAGUUCUUCAAAGACAUCCUUAAAAUGUAAGUAGCUAAGGGAGUCACUUCCUAAUGAAGUACUUUGGAAUAGAAAAACUACAAAAUAACAAGAAGGGAACAAGCGGAAGACAUACAAUGAACCACUCCAUAACAAGCUAGUGACACAUGAUGUUCAUGCAAACAUUCAAUGGCAAGUGACAUGGUUUUGCAUGUAGCCACCUAUUAAUGUGUCCUACGUGCAACCGUUGCACUAAGAAGUAGGUGACUUGCUGCUUACAAACAACCACCGCAAUAACAAGCUGUAUACAAGAACAUAAUGCUCCUUGUCAUUAGUUUUUGGGAUUUGAAGACUUUUGAGAUUUGUGAGACUUCUGUUGAUUUCUUCUCUCAAGUUAUUGCCUACCAUCUUUUGAUUUUGCCAUAGCUGAUUCCACUUGUUCAAAUGUUUGUUUGUUUGUUUGUUUUGGGUUCUUAUGUUUGAAUUCUGAAUUUUUUAAAGACCUAUAGGGAAUUGAAUAUUUGAGGGCUUACAUCUCUUUUCUUUUGUUCUAAACUUGGCAGGUUGGUAAAUACGUAAUAUUUUUAGAUUAAAAAAAUGUCUUCUCCAAGCAAGAGGAGAGAUAUGGAUGUCAUGAAAUUGAUGAUGAGUGACUAUGCUGUGGAGCCAAUAAAUGAUGGAAUUAGUGAAUUCAAUGUGGAAUUCCAUGGUCCAAAAGAAAGCCUUUAUGAAGGUGGUGUCUGGAAAGUCCGUGUUGAGUUGCCGGAUGCCUACCCAUACAAGUCUCCUUCCAUAGGAUUUCUAAACAAAAUAUUCCACCCAAAUGUUGAUGAGAUGUCUGGUUCCGUAUGCUUGGAUGUAAUUAACCAAUCUUGGAGUCCAAUGUUCGUGUUUAUUCUGGGAUAUACAGAUCUGCUCAAUGUGUUUGAGGUUUUUCUUCCGCAGCUUUUGCUUUACCCAAAUCCUUCAGAUCCAUUAAAUGGUGAUGCAGCAUCGCUAAUGAUGAAGGAUCAGAAGCAAUAUGAACAAAAAGUGAAAGAGUAUUGUGAGCGUUACGCAAAGGAGAAUAUCACCACCACACUCUCAGAAGAGAGUGACGAGGAAAUAAGUGAUGAGGAUGUUAGCGAUGGACGAAGUGCAUCUAGUGAAGAUGACGUUGCUGGAAAUGCAGACCCUUAAAAGGGAAUGAAUGGCCUCGGAAUUCAAUAUAAGGGAAUUAAUUCUUGUUUGAUGUUGUUUUUUCUCUUUUAUAUAUGACAUAUAUCUUAAUUGCUUGUAUAAUUAGGAAGGGCAGUUAGAGACUGGAUACAAGAUACCAUGCAUGUGUAUCAAUUUAUGGUGGCACAUUGGUUCAAAGAAGAAUAGAAAUGGAGAGAUUGUUUUUAUUU